AUGGAACAACAUGGUAAGAGUCGAGAAAAAUGUCGAAGUCGUCAAGAACAUGAAUUCAAAUAUCAGACUUAUAUCUCCUUAACACAGCGAUUGGUAGUAGCGACUGACGAGAAAGUGACAACUUCUGGAAGAGAAACUUCGACACAACCACAAAUAGUGGCCCGAUGUUGUUCUAAGGAAUAUGCUGAAUGCUGCACAGAAUCAGUCGAUUUUGCAAAACCACUUCGUUGCAAUGGCAUGAUGUUAGGAACGAGAAUUGACGUGACCCAGUGCAUCCAGAAGAAAAUGUACGGAGAACACCAUCCAAUGCUUCUUAACCUUACAGAUGCAUUGUGUUGCGAUGUAUUUGCUGAUGAUGAUAACGAUGAGAAGGGGCAUUGUCUUACAGAAUGCAUUACAGUAAUGCAGAUACCUGCUCUCAGGAAUGACAAAAAAUUGAAAAGAAUCAAAGGAUGCAGAAGAACAAACCAGCUUUAUAAAUGUUUCACUCGAUGUCUACAAUGGUUGCACAACAAGACUGAAGAUGAAGUAUUGGAUUUUGAGCAGGAAUGCUCCAUCAAACUGAAAAUGUUGCCGGGAAAAGUAUAUAUUGGUCCCGAAAUUAAAUGA